AUGCGAUUGCUUCCGGUUCAGUUUCGUGUUCGAGGACGCAAUGGAAGACGCUCUCCAAUGGCCUUGGUGGGCCCAGGACAAUGCCAUUUUUCUCUGGGUGAGGCACUGCUCCGCUGCCGUGGGGCAGAACAGCCUCUGCUGAUUGUUGCAAAUGGCACGGCCACCGCUGCUCUCCCAAAAGGGGAGCGGCCGCUGACCGACGCCGGCGAUGGCGGUGCGGACACCACCCGCUACCAACAAUGGCGACGCGGACACUCCGUUUUGCGAGGUAGUAGCCGCGCUGCAAAGAACGGCGAUGCUUCUUACCCAGCGGGAAAUGGUGUGCCUGACAGCGAAUGGCGAGUUUCGCUAUUGAUAAAAUUGCCUGUUAAAGGCGUGCCGCAGGUGCCGAAGCGCCAGCUGGAAGGGGUCACUCCCCAAAAAGCGCAAAAUACUUGUGAUGCUGAAUGUCGUGUUCGAGUUCCAUGCUGGAAAUCAAUAAGCCCGUCAAGGUGGAGUCCAACGCGCAAGGGGUCCAUUAAAUUUGGAUGGCAACAGCCGCAAAACUUCUCAUUUACCCAGAGCGCACCAGAUAUGCAGGAUGAACCUAAUGAUAAUAACUUACAAACUCCUGAUGCACCAGAGACAGCACGAACUCCAUCACCAAAUCAUCUGUUGAACUGCCCUCUCAUUUACAGCGAACCCGCACUUACCGCACAAUGUUACCAAACGCCAGUCUCUUUGGCGCCGAUCUUUGCUAUCAGCGAUACGGCAUUGCCACAGAUGUGCCUGAAUCGUAAAAGCGACAGUGGUAUAGCUUCAAGCAACGCUGUCAAUGAGGAAGAAGCACAACCUGGCGAACAAGCUACACCAAAGUCAUCGAUGUAUAUGUCGGAUGUGUCAUUUGCCACAAGCAUUGCUGGGGGGCGACAAAGCAAACCAUCAUUUUCAACACGAGAGAUUCGCGAACAACACCAACGAAUGCAACAGAAGUAUAGGGAAGACACCAAGAGGGAACGACGAUUCACUGACCCGGUGGAUUUCGAAGGGAUUCUGAACAUUAUUGGCGGUUGUUCAUGGUGGCAAAUAUGGAUUUACGUACUGAUAGCUAUGCAACAAAUUCCACAUGCGAUGUUCAAUUUGAAUGUCGUCUACAUGAUGUACGCGCCGGAACACUAUUGUGAGGUCCCUGGCUUUGACGACCCGAACGACACUACCGUGUACCAGUGGGGCCUCAAAGAUGUGCAGAAUAUCUCAUUUGUGUUUCCAAAUGAAAAUGGAAGAUCUGGUGCUUAUUUGAGGGAUUCGUGCCACUACUACGCAAGACCAGUGGAACGGUACAAAGAACUGCGAAAGAUGCCACUGAACGAAGCCAUCCAAAGCGCAUGGAAGGACAGUGCUGAAAAGAAGAAAUGCGAGAAAUAUCACUACAGAAAAGAUGUGAUGCAAGAGACGAUCGUAACGGACUGGAAUCUGGUCUGUGACGAUUACUUCAUGAAGGCCCAUGCACAUCUUUUCUAUUCGUUUGGAUAUCUGGUCGGUUGCGUUGUUGGAGGAAUGGCUAGCGAUAACUUUGGCCGUAAACCUACCGUAAUCGGGUUUGGGAUCUUGUCGUCAAUGUUUGGCGUAUUCCUACCGUAUACUACCUAUUACCCGAUGUUCUUGUUCAUUCGAUUCUGCAGUGCCAUUUGCAAUGAGGCUGCCGAUCUUGCGGCGUAUACCCUUUGCAUGGAGAUCACAGGAACGCGGUAUCGAGCUAUGGUCGGUAGCAUGUUACAAGUGCCUUGGGCUAUGGGUUAUGCUCUUCUUGCCCUCAUAGCAUAUAUAGCGAAGAGUUGGAAAAGUGUGCAGGUAAUUGCCGCUGGGCUUCAUUUUGGUGCGGUGCUACUGAUCUGUUCUCUACCUGAGUCACCGCGGUGGCUUAUGGUAAAAGAAAGAGUGAAUGAGGCUGAGGAAGUGAUACGGAAAGCGUGCAGAACUCCACCCUUCCCCUUCAAUCUGUGCAGGAUUAACAAAGGGUCACUGCCAUCUGACCUCGAGCUGGUAUGCCACAGAGAAAAAAGACUGAACAAGAAGGGAAAAGUAGGCAUGCUAGAUCUCUUCAAAACACCAGAACUGCGCUUCCGUACCAUCACAGUGUGCAUCGUGUUUAUGGCCACUGCACUGGUAUAUUACGGACUUGUUAUUGCCUUGUCGGACCAGUCAGCACCUGGUCGUGUGUUAUUUACGGGUAACUUCUUUUUGAAUAAUGCCGUCGCUGGUGCCAUCGAAAUUCCGACGUUGUUCUGUUGUGUUUGGCUAAUGAAGUUCGGACGUAAAAAAGCGCAGAUGAUGACACUGGUCAGCGGUGCAGUUUCCAUAAUAAUAGCAAUGAUUGCUGUUAUAAGCGAAAAGUUCAUGUUUGCACUUACGUUCAUGAUGAUCGGCAAGAUCUGCAUCCAGGGUGCCUUCAAUAUACUGUAUAUCUUCACCUCUGAAUUAUAUCCAACGAUUGUACGCAAUACUGCAGUAGGAGUGACAUCUAUGGUGGCACGAUUCGGAUCAGGAGUCUCUUCGUACAUCGCUUUGUUAUCAAUCAAUUCCCUGCCCAUUAUGCCAAUGAUCAUCUUUGCCAUAUUCUCUCUUUUCGCUGGAAUGUUGGUCAGUGUCCUGCCCGAAACGAGUGAAAAACCACUGCCGGAAACUUUGGAUGACGCUGUCACGUUUCUACGAACAGAGCAGAAAGCGUGCUAUGGGUGGGGAAUCUCAGGACCCCACACCCGGAGCAUUUCUCUUCAUGAGCAACCAUCAGCGGCAGAUGACCUAGUACAAGAGAAGGAUGAGAAGGCGGACGUGUUAGCAAAAGGGAGGAAACGAUAUCCAGCUGGAAGUCAGCGUCGUAUGGUGUCACCACGCACUAUCAGUUUGCCAAGAAACGAAAGCCGUACCGACUCGAUCUUCAAAGAUAUAGCCGAUCUUUCAAUUCCUGAGCGUCUUCCGGAAGCAUUUGGAGAAGACUGAUGGACCUUCACUGUAGCUUCUGCACUUAGCUUCUUCAGCGAAUUUUUGCUCUCCGUGCCAUCACGGUCGUCCCCGUCGUCAAAGCUUUUCUGUACAGCACGCCAAAACGUCUCCUACUGCGGGGUGAUCUGCGCCAAAUAAAACCACGGAGAUUUCGAGCUCUGUUCUUCACUAUCUUACGAUUCGCCUAGGUAGUUGGGCCACACGUUCUUGAAUGACGUCAUCCCAGCCUGUGCGAUCCUUCCCGCAUGAGUCUGCCCCUCAACGUGGGACUUUGCCUUCUCAUUUUACAUCUCUUCGGUUUCUGCUCCAUAUUUGCGUACAACUGUUCGGGUAUAUGUUCCGUUUGGAAUUGUGAUUGUUCGACCUCCUUUUAUGAAUCCAUCGCCUCACCAAACCGAUAACGGCUGUCAAACGCUACGUUGUUCUCUGUUCUCAUGCGUUCCCAGCCUGCGCGGCCCCGGUGUUUCUGCAUUCUGUAUUCACACACAUACAUAUAUACACACACGCGCUUCGCUUUACCUUCGAAAGGCGCUGCAAAGGCGCUGGUCUACGCCAUCUCUAAAAUUCUUCCUCACUAUUGGACCACAUGUAGUUGUGCUGGCACAGAGACAAGAUCUUUUUGCUUGUUGUUGACUAUGGACAGUAUUUCACUCUUCUUACUUGCUCCCAGUACUUUUGAAUUGCCUUCGCAGACCUUGCGGAAGAUCGCCACACCUCGAGUGACGUUACACAUCGUUUUUCAAGUUUUUUCUCUCGGUGCUAUCUAUUUUUUAGACAUCUAGUUUCAUCCCAUUUUCUUCAGUUUUCAUGUGAACGUUGUCAUUGUUCAUGUCUUUGAUUUUCUUAAUUUUGUCUACCUGCGCAUAAUGUUUUUUUUUGGUGAACGAUAAGCCAUAAUUAUCGUUUUUUGAUGAAGGCUCUGAUGACUCCUAGCACUAAUUUCCUUACUGGUUAUUUGUAUUAUCUUCGUGUGCUUCUCACGUAUCAUUCAAUUUUGUUACCGUGAAAUGCGGCCAUAAUUUGCUCUCAGUGAUCAACGCUAAAAUUUACUCAGGAGUAAUCUGUCGACAGAGCAUGCCUCAAAAGCAAUAAACAGCACUUUUUG